UGACAACUCAUUUUGACGUUAGUAAUAUUUCAAAAAUCAAACGAAAUUCUCCCAAAAAUGUUAGAAACAAUCAAGUCCUACCUACCAGACCACACCAGUGCCUUCUUCUACUUGGUAAUUGCCCUUUUUGUAAUCGCAAUCCUAUAUUUCAACGACAUGUUCAGCAACAUGAACACCUACAGAGGUUACGACGCCAAAAAGCAAAUAGGCUACGGAUAUGAAGCCAGCAAUGGACCAAACAUGUGGAAGCACGCUUAUGUAGACGCUGCAGGCCGCCAGCAAUCCCCCAUUAAUCUUCUGACCCAUUGCACCAUCACUGUCCCAUCGGAAUUGCAAAGCUUGAAGUUUUCAGAAGAAUUCAGCGAAAAUCCACGUGAAAUGUUGGCUUAUAAUAACGGUUUGAAUGUGGUCUUGUACGCUAAAUGGUGCAACAACCGAAGACCCAACAUUACAAUGAAUUGUGUUGUAUACAAUUUUUUGAAUAUUAGAUUCAGAUGGGGCCCUACUGACAACGAAGGCUCAGAGCAUAUGGUUGAUACAACAAGAUUCGCUAUCGAAAUGCAAGUUGCCUUUAUCAAAAACAAUUCCGGCUGUGAUAUUUUGGAAGCGGCACGAAACAAAGACUUGUUGAUGGUUAGCUAUUUUUUUAUGGCAACCUCAGUGGAUAAUCCUUAUUUGGAACCAAUAGUGAAAUCACUUAAGAUGCUCAAAUGUCCUUUGAGCUGUGCAUCAAUUUGUCCAUUUCCUUUGAAACUUUUAACUCCAAUAUUUUCAAAAAACUACUUUUCUUAUGAGGGAUCUUUGACGUUUCCGCCUUGCACUGAAGGAGUCAAAUGGAUAGUGCAACCAGAACCUUUACUAAUAUCCAGCAGGCAAGCGAGCAAAUUCAGAAAACUGAUUGGCGGAUGUAAUUGCACUAGAAUCAGCAGCAAUUCUAGGCCAGUACAAAAGACCAACGAAAGAGAGAUUUUCUUUUACGAUUAAUAAAUUCUUUGAUGUGUUAAUUAUUGAAUAA